UCCCGCCUUCCUUUUCUUUGCCGGGAGAGCACGUUCGGUGCUCAGCCAUGGUCGACAUGGGGGGCUUGGACAACCUGAUCGCCAACACGGCCUACCUGCAGGCCCGGAAGACCUCAGACGCCGACAGCAAGGAGCUGCAGCGCCGGCGCCGGAGCCUGAUGCUGCCCGGGCCGCAGAGCUGCGAGCAGCUCCGCCAGGCGCUGCCCGCCGACUUCCACAGCCUGUGCGAACAGCAGCCCAUCGGCCGCCGCCUCUUCCGGGACUUCCUCGCCACGAUGCCCGCGUACCAGGAGGCCAUGGGCUUCCUGGAGGAGGUGCAGAGCUGGGAGCUGGCCGAGGAAGGCCCCGCCAAGGGCAGCAUGCUGCAGGGGCUGGUGGCCACUUGCGCGGCUCCCCCAGCCCCCGAGCAGCCACACCCCUUCCUCAGCCCUGCUCUGGUCACCAAGUGCAAAGCAGCCGCCACCGAGGAAGAGCGGGCCUCCCUGGUGGAGCUGGCCAAGGCCGAGGCCAUGGCCUUCUUGCAGGACCAGCCCUUCCGAGAGUUCCUGGCCAGCCCCCUCUAUGACAAGUUUCUGCAGUGGAAAGUCUUUGAGAUGCAACCGGUAUCAGAAAAGUACUUCGAAGAGUUCCGGGUCCUGGGCAAAGGUGGUUUUGGGGAGGUAUGUGCUGUCCAGGUGAAAAACACUGGUAAGAUGUAUGCCUGUAAGAAAUUGGACAAGAAGCGGCUGAAGAAGAAAAAUGGAGAGAAAAUGGCUCUCUUGGAAAAGGAAAUCUUGGAGAAGGUCAGCAGCCCUUUCAUUGUCUCUCUGGCUUAUGCCUUUGAGAGCAAGUCCCAUCUCUGCCUGGUCAUGAGCCUGAUGAACGGGGGAGACCUCAAGUUCCACAUCUACAGCGUGGGCGAGCGGGGCCUGGACAUGAGCAGGGUGGUCUUCUACUCGGCCCAAAUGACCUGUGGUGUGCUGCACCUCCACUCCCUCGGCAUCGUCUACCGGGACAUGAAGCCUGAGAACGUGCUUCUGGAUGACCUCGGCAACUGCAGACUGUCUGACCUGGGGCUGGCCGUGCAGAUUCAGGACGGCAAGCCCAUCACACAGAGGGCUGGAACCAAUGGUUAUAUGGCUCCGGAAAUCCUAAUGGAAAAAGCGAGUUAUUCCUAUCCUGUGGACUGGUUUGCAAUGGGAUGCAGUAUUUAUGAAAUGGUUGCUGGACGAACACCAUUCAGAGAUUACAAGGAAAAAGUCAGUAAAGAGGAUUUAAAGCAAAGAACACUGAAAGAGGAAGUCAGAUUCCAACACGAUAACUUCACAGAGGAAGUGAAAGAUAUUUGCAGACUCUUCUUGGCUAAGACACCAGAGCAACGCUUAGGAAGCAGAGAAAAGUCUGAUGAUCCCAGGAAACACCAUUUCUUCAAAACCAUCAACUUUCCUCGCCUGGAAGCUGGCCUCGUUGAACCUCCAUUUGUGCCAGACCCUUCAGUGGUUUAUGCCAAAGACAUCGGUGAAAUUGAAGAUUUCUCUGAGGUUCGAGGAGUUGAAUUCGAUGACAAAGAUAAGCAGUUCUUCCAAACAUUUGCAACAGGCGCCGUUCCCAUCGCGUGGCAGGAAGAGAUUAUAGAAACAGGACUGUUUGAAGAAUUGAACGACCCCAACAGGCCUGCAGGUUGUGGGGAGGGUAAUUCAUCCAAGUCUGGUGUAUGUUUGUUAUUGUAAGUUGUUCUCUCCACCAGACAGGCAGUAGGAGUCUCCGCUGACAUGUGUAAUCCUUGAAUCCUAACCCACAAAAAUUUGUUGACUGAGGACUGAUCAAUCAGGAGGGGCAUUUCAACCAGAGAACAGCUCAAAGGACAGGCAAGCUCAAUAGUAGGAGGUGUUUUCUUUCCUUCCUUCCUCCUUCCUUCUUCUCUCUCUCUCCUUUUCUUUUUUUCUCUUCCUUUUCCCUUCCUUCCUUCCUUCCUUCCUUCCUCUCUAUCCUGCCUUCCUUCCCUUCUUCCUCUCUUUCUUUCUUUCUUUCUUCCUUCAUAAAGAAGAGUAAAGUCUCAGUUUUCACUGAAAGCUAGGAAAAGGAACGCUCAGAUUUAUUUUGAUAAACUAAAAGCAUGAGCCCUCACCAUUGUGUUCCUGAAAAUUACGCAAAGUCCUAGGAACAGAGAAUGGAACUUUGUGGUAUACUCAGAAAAUGAGCAUUUGCAAUUCUUAGUAAAUAAUCAUUUUAGUUUUUCUCUGUUUAUAUCUUUUCUUCCCUUCAUCUUUCACUAUGUCUUCUGCUUCUGUACUUAUAAAAAGGAUUUUGAAGCUGGAAAUAAAUAUUCCUGAUAUUCUAUUCCCCCCCCCAAAAAAGGA